AAAAAGUUAUUUUUUCUUACUUGUACUUUAUUGAAAUGAAAGAAAAACGUAAAAGUUACCCUGUAAAUUUAAAACUUGAAGCAAUUAAUUAUGCCAAAAAGACAAGUAAUCAUGCCGCAGCACAAACGUUUAAUAUUGACCAUACUCAAAUCAGCAGUUCUUCAUCAUUAUAUCCACUUGCUGAAGAAUCAUUAAAAGAGUGGAUAAUGAAUCGACGUCUAAGAGGAAUAGCAGUUACAUCUAAUAAUGCCAAACGUCGUAUGAUUAGUUUACUUACUCAGGAGUUUAAACUUUCAUACCCUGAUGCUGUAUAUAACUUUAAAGCCUCAGACAGAUGGCUCGACCAUUUUAUGAAUCAGUUUGACUUUUCUCUUCGAAGAUGUACCAAGACUUCUCAAAAACUUCCUAAAGACUUAGAUGAAAAA